AUGUCAACACAUCAUCCCAACUUUGGAAAAAGUUCAGGAUUUGGUAGUGUUUUCAAGUCAUGGACCAGUUCCUUGAAAUCUACAACUAAAAAUGUUCCAGUCCAAAUUAAUCCCACAGUUGUUGGAGGAAGUAGUGAUCAACAGAAGUUAUUCAUUCAAUUAAAAUCAGGAACUUUACCACAAAGAGCUUCAGCAGCAGUGAGAAUGACUGAAUCACUCGAGAAGUUUGCUAUAUCAUCGAUUCCAGAAAUAUGGUAUUUGGCAAGAGAUAUGUGUGAUAGUAAAAUCCAAUCCUAUAUUAGAAGAAAUGCUUUAAAACUAAUGAUAGAAUGUAUAAAGAAUGAUGAUUUGACAGCCACCGGUAAUAGGAUCAUGUACUAUCGAGAUAUAACCCAAUAUUGUCAGCUAUCAGACAAUAAGAUUGAUCAGGAGUUCGAUUUAUUCUUAAAAGCUUUAAGAAACCUAACAUCUGAUGGUAGAGACAUUCAAGAAUUGGUUGUUUUAGAUGAUCCUCGAGCUUUAGCCCAAUUUUUGAUUCUUUCCUUGCAAGUAUUGGGGAAACAAGCUAAACAAUACAGCGAGAAAGAUCUGGAAGCUGAAGUAGGAGAAGAAUUCUAUUUUAGUAAUUGUUUAAAAUUGAUACUGUUCAUUAAGAAUUGUAUCAAAUUCAACGCUGCUUCCAUUGAUGAAUAUCAUAUCAAUCAACUAGUCAAUAUAUCCAUUAAGAUUGGAUAUUCAACCACCAACUUGUCAUUUAUCACUAGUUUGGUAGAAUUAUUAUCUUCAAUAGUUUUGAUCACCAAUGUCAAACAGGAAACAUUAUUUGAUUCUGUGAACUUCUUCUGUUCAGUUUAUGGUUUGAGUGAACAGAUAACGUCAUUAUCAUGGCAUGCUAUCUCAAUACUUUCAACACAUGGUACUUUUUUCAUGGUCAAUAAUUGUUUGUGUGAUAUAAUAAGUAAUGAAGAAUUACAAUCUUUCAUAUCCAACAAUAAUAGUAAUAUGUUGUCAGCUGUCACUUCAAAUACCACCAUUAAUACCUUAGAUCAUAAGUUUGACAAUGCUUCUUUGAACUCUUGUCUUGGAGCCAUACAAAUAAUGGAAAAGUUAAUUGUCACUACCUCAAUUGUAAAUACCCAUAAUGAUUCCGUCUUCUUCUAUUUCUUACUUGCAUUGAAGAAAACUGUUUCAUUCGAGAUAGCCAUAAUUAACACCACUUUAUUGAGGACUUUAGAUAGAUUAUUCUCCAAACAAGUAUAUGAAGCUUACAAUAUCGAGGUCAAUACCAAUAAAGUAAUGGAACAAGUUUACCUGUUUCAAUUGUGGUAUUCAACAAAAUCUUCUAUUUAUGAACUAUUGAAUAGUUUGAAAGUCAUCACUGAUAUUGAUGCCAGUUAUCUUCAAUCAAUUUGUUCAUCAUUACAAAAGUCUUAUGAGAACUAUGAAUUGAAAACUUCCAAAGAAAAAUUAAUCAACUUCUUUUUGUGUCAUUACCAAUAUAUCCCCAAAUCCACCAUCAAGUUCAUUUUCAAGUAUUACCAGGAAGAAAAAUUAUUGACAGUUCUUAAUCCUUUGUGGUCAGAGACAGUGGAAAACUUGUUGAGUUAUUUCUACUUCACUGAUAAACCAAGGAAUAACGAAAUUUUGGUAACAGAUCACAGGGAUAGCGGAAUAAAAAUCGAGUUGUUGAAGACAAUCAAGGCUGCUUUUGAUAUUUCCAUCACUAUUCAUGGUUCAAGUGUGAAUUAUGAUUUAGUUAAUGAUAUCUUAUUAAAAUCUGUCCAAGAGAGUGACGAAGAAGUACUUCAGUUCCUUAUUGAAGAAUUUCUCGUGAAAAUGGUGGAGAAAUUGCCUUUCGAAUUCCUUUCCAAGUUCCACCAAUCGACAAUGCCAUUUUUUGAAAUCAAAAUACCCCAAGGAAGACUUAAGUCAUACGUUUCUUUGAAUUCUUCAGGUAAGUAUCCAUCGUCUCAAAUAAGUUCUCAGGAGAAUUUAGACAUGUCGUUACAAUUCAUGAAAGCUUUAGGUAAAGGAAUUAGUAAAGUGCUUUUAAUUCAAUCAACUUUAAAUGCUAGGAAAGCGCAGGAAGCUUUCAGAUGUAUUAUAAUGAUUGCACAUCAUGGAUUAGCUAAUGAAUAUCCAGAGAUCCUUCUCAUACUUAUGAAGACCUUGGUCAGAUUAAGAACUUCAGAAGAAGGAUAUAUUUAUUUCACCAAUUUAACUGAUCUGGAAGGACUUUCUACCGCCUUCAAAAGAAACAGAGUUGAUGGAGAGUUUCAAGAAAACCAAAAUUAUAAAUGGAGCUAUCCUGAAACUAUUGAUUACAUUGACCAUAAAUAUUUUGAUAAACCCAUCAAAAACUUGAAGCUUUUCAAUCCUAUGAGUGAAAAAUUACAUCUUGACGAUGAUUUUUACAUAGAUAUGGCAGAUUAUUUCUCCAUCGUUUUGGAUAUCAUGGAUAACUUUGUUGAAUGGGAAUUAUAUUCUUAUAUAUGGGCACAUUUUUGUCCCCAAUUAGCUAAUAUGAAACUUUUCAACAAUAACAAGACACAGAUCCUUCGAUUGAAAACCAUUAUCUGUGAACAGUUGAUGCUUAAUUUCCAGAAGAAUUUCACUUUACCUGAUGGAUUCUUGAAGUCUCACUUACAAGUAGCUUUCGUUAGAUCAUUUUCGGCAUUAUUGGGUUAUAGAGAGUUUUUCACCAAGUAUGAUGAUGACGAUAUAAUCAGAAGUCUAUUGUUUGGUAUCGAUUCUUGGGAAAGUACUGCAAUUCCUUCAAUUCAUAUUUUAACCAUUUGUUGUUUCGAGAUGCCUUUGUCCAUUAAGAAAUACUUGUCAAGUAUUUUAGGUAAGAUCCAAACCAAGAUCACGAGUACUUUUGCUUCGUCACAUAUCUUGGAGUUCUUGAUGGCUCUUAUCAACUUACCUAGCUUAACGUCGAAUUUCCAUACCGAUGAUAUAAAAAGGAUUUUUGCUAUAGCUUUUAAAUUCAUUCAACAUUCUAAAGAUGCCAUUAAGAAUACUGAAAAGGAUGUCAUAACCCCUGAUCAUUCGGGUCACAUCACCACAGACAAUACUCCAUCAACAAGUCAAGCAAAUCAGCAUUCAUCUAUUUUAUUACAAUAUGUCCUUACUUUGUCUUAUAAUGUGAUAUCCACAUGGUUUUUACAAAUAGAAAUGACAGAAAGGAAACAAUUAACUCCCUUCUUAAUCAAAAACUUAGUUCUCCUUAAUAACAAGAAGGAAGAUGUCGAGGAUCAAAUCUUGGUGUUGCUUGAUUUAAUCAUAAGGUUUACAUACAGUGACUUACCUUUGAAAAUCAUUAAUCCGAAUGUCAUGUUGAGUAAAUUCCAAGCAGGAAAUGGAGAUUAUCAUCAGAAUAGUUGGAUUGUGGGCAAUAUAAUUGUAAGUGUUUGUACUAAUAGUAACAAUGGAGAAUCAUUAGUCAUUUUAAGAAGACCUACAGGUGUAUCUGUUUAUACUAUAACUUUGCAUGAAGAUAUGUUCCCCUUUACAGAAAAAUUCGAUGUCAAGACAUUAUUCAACCCAAGUUAUAUUCUUUUACAAGGAUAUAGUAAUUUAGAUAUUAAUGGCAAUUUGAAGCCAAUACCUUUGAUUGAAGAUUCAGUUACAUCCAGAGCUAUAUCAACCUUUGAUAGGAUUCCUAUAGUUGAGUUCCACAAAUUAGGUAUCAUCUAUAUAGGUAAAGAUCAAUUGAGUGAGAAUGAAGUUCUAGGCAAUAAAGCAGGAUCCAAUAAUUAUCAACAAUUCCUUGAAAGCAUGGGAGAAUUGAUCAAAUUGAAAGAUUGUAGAGAUAUCUACGUUGGUGGGUUAGAUACUGAAAAUGAUACUGAUGGGAAAUAUGCCCUUUAUUGGAAUGAUAAAACCAUUCAAGUAAUUUUCCAUACUAUAACAUUGAUGCCUAAUAAUGAAAGAGAUCCUUAUUUUGAUUUGAAGAAAAGACAUAUUGGUAACAAUUAUGUUAACAUCUUCUUUGAUGAAAGUGGAUUAUCAUUCAAUUUCAAUAUUAUCAAAUCCCAAUUUAAUUUUAUCAAUAUCGUUAUCUCACCUCAUAGCAAAAAAUUUGAUUAUUCCACUGGUGAUAACGAAAAGCAAUUUUAUAAAGUUAAAACUUAUAGAAGAAGUGGAGUACCAGGAGUUUUCGCUACUUGUCAUUUCAAAAUCGUUAGUAUUGAUUUACUUCCGAUAUUAAUCCGAAAUUUAUCCAUCACUGCCAAUCAAUUCGCUAAUGUGUGGCACGCAAACUAUCAUGGACUGUACAUUUCAAACUGGGCUCACAGAGUAAAACAAUUAAAAAUCUUAAAAGAUCGUACAUAUAAACAUCAUGAAACCCUAAAACAAGAGCAAUUUAAUGAUAAUGAUUUGAGAAAUAUUAAUGAUGCAACGCAAUCAUUCCUUCAGCAAUUACAAUUCGAUGGAGGAGACAAUGAAACCGCAGUAAUUUCUCGUUAUCAAUAUUUGUCAAAUGAAGAUCAUCCGUUGUAUAAGACGUUUGAAUUUAAUUCAUACACUAAUUAG